AAACAAAACCAGUUCGACAACAAUGAAUCUGAAACUCAGAUACUGUUUCUAUAGAAAUGCAAGACGCGUGAUCUCAGACAGUUGAUGGAUGAAACUAAAGCGAUAUUGUUUGGAGAGAAAAAACUUCGUAUACGAUUAUUAUCCAAUGGUAAAGCAGAUAUCGAGUUUGCAGUUACCGAGACUGGUAAAAAAGUCACGCGCGUAAACAGGGUCGACGCAACCUUCUUGUCGGUACAACCGUGUCAAACACUUUUUAACAAAAUUUAAAAAACCAGGAUGCAGAGUUUUACGUCAGUUGCCGUAUUAUGUCUUUUUCUUCGUGGUUCUGUCAGCCUGAAAAUGGUGGAUUUGACCCAUGAACUCGACAGCAGGGCUAUAACAUGGCCGUCCAAUCCCAGAUUUAACAUGUCGUUCUUGUUUAAAGGUGUCUAUUCCAAUAUAUGGUUUGAGCACAACCGAAUGGAUCUUGCCGAACACACAGGAACUCAUGCAGACGCCCCUAUUCACAUAGCAUAUGAUACAGGACCAUGGAAAAAUCACCAGAUUCCCAUAGAAAGACUGGUAGGUCCCGGUGUCAUAAUCGACGUGAAAGCCAAGGCCGAGGCGAACAGUGACUAUAGAGUCACUAAAGACGACAUCAUGGCCUGGGAAACACGUAACGGCAGAAUCCCGUACGGAGCUGUUGUCCUGAUGAACUCAGGAUGGCAGAAGUACUAUCCAGAUUAUAAUGCUGUUUUCAAAACUAACAACAUCAGUGAUGCAACCAGCUACCACUUCCCCGGCUGGCACGAGGACGCAAUUGAUUGGCUUAUAUCAAGUCGUGUGGUGUAUUGCGUCGGAGUUGACACGCCCUCCACCGACUACGGCCAAACAGAUGCAUUCACUGUUCAUCUUCUCCUCAGCAAGGAAAAUAUCAUUGGUAUAGAGAGUGCAGCGUACCUUGACCGACUGCCAGAGAGUGGAUCAACUAUAUUUGUAGCCCUGAUGAAAAUCAAAGACGGGAGUGGAGGCCCUAUCAGAAUGUUUGCAACUUUGCCAGAGGACGAUGAAAACGAGGCAAAUAUGGCGGGCAUUCAUCUGUUGUCAUUGGUUCUCCAGCUUGUUGCGUUUUUGCUACUAGAGGAAUUUCGUUUCUGAGUACUACAUCGGGACAACAUGAAAGGAAAAACGAUUUUCUUUUGCUAUUUUAUCAACAAACUCCUUCAUUGUUUUCCCUAUUUGUGAAAAUCUACCAGCCACGCUUUAAUUUAAGGAUAAUACUAAAUUAUGCUGAAUACUUGGUAUCUUUGCCAAAGUUUUCUUUAUUGACCAAAAAAAUGAUUUUAGGUUCAUCUAUGUAUGGAAUCAUUUAUAUAGAGGUUACACAACGAGUGGUUGUUGAAUAUGGUAUUUAUGUCACUCGAGUUAGUUAAUUUUCAAAAGUUA